GUCCCGCGUGCGCUCGCGGUGAAAUCCGGUUGGUAGGUUACUGGUGCUAGGUAACCUGCGGCGUUUGUUUCGCUACUUUCAACCAAUGAAAUCGUCGCCAGCGUCGCUCUGUAAGCCAAUCAAAAUUCCAGGUUUGAGUGGCAGUUUAAAAAUCGUUCUUGCGGGUUCGGUCUCAAACUGCUGGUUAUCGGUUGUAGUGUGCACUGCGACAGGUCUCUAGAGCUGUACUUUAACACUCUAAGUAGUGUGCUUGUAUAGGGCGUAGGAAGGCGUUUGAGAUUCGGCCUGCUCAACUUUGGCUGCUGUCAGUAGAAGAGCUGGAACAGGUUUAUCUCGAGUAAAUUAGACUGUGUGUUCUUAAUAAUAAAUCUUUAACGGUGUUAUCGGACGGGGACGGCUGUAUAAGAUUAAGUGUUGUAGCUGCCACAAUGCCGUCCCGCACGGAGGAUUACGAAGUCCUCAGCACCAUAGGCUCCGGCUCGUACGGAAAAUGCCAGAAAAUUCGGAGAAAAUCCGACGGAAAGAUCCUGGUGUGGAAGGAGCUGGAUUACGGCACCAUGGCCGAGGUGGAGAAGCAGAUGUUGGUGUCGGAAGUGAACCUGCUGCGGGAGCUGAGACACCCUAACAUCGUCAGGUACUACGACCGCAUCAUCGACCGCACCAACGCCACGCUGUAUAUCGUGAUGGAGUUCUGCGAGGGUGGAGACCUGGCCACACUCAUAACCAAGUGCAUUAAAGAGAGGAGAUAUCUGGAGGAGGAGUUCAUCCUGCGCGUCAUGGCUCAGCUGUCUCUGGCGCUAAAGGAGUGUCAUGGCCGAAAUGAUGGCGGCAGCACCGUCCUUCAUCGUGAUCUGAAACCUGCUAACAUCUUCCUCGAUGCCAGGCAGAACAUAAAACUUGGAGAUUUUGGCCUGGCACGGAUACUUAAACACGACACAAGCUUUGCUAAAACUUUUGUGGGAACUCCGUAUUACAUGUCACCGGAACAAAUGAAUCGCAUGUCCUACAACGAAAAGUCCGACAUCUGGUCAUUAGGAUGUUUGCUGUAUGAGCUCUGUGCUUUGUCACCCCCUUUCACAGCCUAUAACCAGGAGGAACUGACCGAGAAGAUCAAUGUGGGGAAGUUCAGGAGGAUUCCGUACCGAUACUCGGAUGAGCUGAACACGCUGCUGUGCAGGAUGCUGCAUCUAAAAGAUUACCUGCGUCCCUCGGUAGAGUCGAUCCUCCAGAGCUCAUUGAUCUCCGCCUACGUGGCUCAGGAGCAGAAGGCGGCUCAGGCGAAGCAGCAGCGGGGGUCAUCUGAGCCGGAGCAGCCUAAACUGGAGGAACUGAAGCUGAAGGAGCAGGCAUUACGCCAGCGUGAGCAGGACCUCAAGGAGCGAGAAGAGAGGCUGGAGCAGAAGGAGCAGGAACUGUGCAUCAGGGAGAGACUAACAAACGAGAAGCUGGCCAGAGCAGAGAGUUUGAUGAAGGUGUAUAAUGGGUUGAGGCAGCAGAGGGCGCAGACUCCACUGUUUACAGAAGACCGAGAUAAGAGCAAGGACACAUCACCCGGAAAGAAGAAAGUCCAUUUUGCAGGCGACAGCAAAGAGAACAUGUGGCCCGAGCUGAGAGUCGGCUUCAGAUCUCAGGAGCGCGUGCUCGUCAAGAAACUGCAGGCGGUUAAUAUAGGACAAGCGGAAAGGAAUUAUCCACUGAAGUGCAGGCCUAUGCAGGGUAUUCGCUAACCCUGACGGACUGUAAACCCGUCCUGAGGAAUGACGCAUCUACUGAAGGCUGCAUUGAAAGCCUUGUAGAAAGAUUCCUUACAGGAAACAGAAUCAACCUUAGCUGGAAAUCUUGGCCUUGUUUUGAGCUCAUGCCUUUUCCUACAGCUUAACAUCAAGGAUUUCAAGACAUUUUAUUUAUGUUUUAGAAAGUGCAAUUUGGCCAAAGGUCCAACACUGGAUAAUUGAAUUUAAUGUUAGGUGUGUGUUUCUGAGAACGUGAGUACUGUGUGUGUGUGUGUGUGUGUGUGUGUGUGUGUGUGUGUGUGUGUGUGUGUGUGUGUGUGUGCAUGUUCGUGCUUAAUUUUAUUUUUAGUAGUGUGAAAAUUUUUUGUACAUUUUAUUGUGUAAAAUCAGAAGAAAACACUUUCUUGCACAAUA